AUGGCGCAGUCUCACCGUUCCCGCGUCUUCUUUGACAUUAAGAUUGGCGAGGCCAACCCCAGUCGCGUCGCAUUUGAGCUGUACAACGAUGUCGUUCCCAAAACCGCGGACAACUUUCGGGCGCUGUGCACAGGUGAAAAGGGCAUGGGCACCCAGGGCAAGCCAUUGACCUACAAAGGCUCGAUCUUCCACCGGGUGAUCAAGCAGUUCAUGAUCCAGGGCGGAGACUUCACGGCAUUCAACGGCACGGGCGGCGAGUCGAUCUACGGCGAGAAGUUCCCCGACGAGAACUUCGAUCUCAAGCAUGAAAAGCCCUUCCUGCUGUCUAUGGCCAACUCGGGCCCCGGCACCAACGGCAGUCAGUUCUUCGUGACCACGGUCCCCACCCCGCAUCUGGACGGCAAGCACGUUGUCUUCGGCGAGGUGAUCAACGGCAAGAGCGUGAUCCGCAAGAUCGAGAACAUGAGCACCGAGGCCGACAAGCCCACGGUCGAUGUGACGAUCGUGGACUGCGGCGAGCUCACGGGCAAAGACUAUGAGGAUGCCGUGACACGCGUACAGGAUGCCACCGGUGACCCUUACGAGGACUUCCCCGAGGAUCACCAGGGCGAGGAGCUAACGGCGCCUCUGGUCUUGAAGAUUGCGUCGGAGCUGAAGACGUUCGGCAACACGGCCUUCAAGAAGGGUGAUCUGCACCUUGGCCUGGAGAAGUACCAGAAGGGUCUGCGCUACCUGAACGAAUUCCCCGAGCCGGGUGAGGGCGAUCCCAAGGAACUGGGCGGAGAGAUGAAGGCCCUCCGAUUUACGCUGCACUCCAACUCGUCGCUGCUGGCCAACAAGCUUGGACAAUUCCAAAACGCUCAGAGAUGGGCCGGUUUCGCGCUUCAGGUCGCAGAGGCAGCCAGUGCCAAGGACGCCGACAAGGCCAAGGCCUACUACCGCCGUGCUCUCGCUCACGAGGGCCUGAAGGAGGAGGACGAGGCGCUCAAGGAUCUGCAAGAGGCUGCGAAGCUGGCUCCCGGUGAUGCGGGUAUUUCCAAUGAGAUCACCAAGGUCAAGAAGGCCGUCAAGGACCGCGAGGCGAAGGAUAAGGCGGCGGCUAGGAAGUUCUUCGCUUAG